AUGGAGCCCGUCUCGGAGCGGCCGCAGGGGCAGCUGCUGCGCUCGGGCCGGGAGGCCGCAGUUCGCUUGGACCCGCGGCCAAAGCUUGAUUUCUGUUUUUUGCUUCCAGAUGAGUCUAAUACUGGCCUUGGUUUGUGUGGAUGGAUCCUGGUGGUUGUUUCACUUUUCUUCACUGUUAUUACAUUUCCCGUAUCAAUCUGGAUGUGCAUAAAGAUUAUAAAGGAAUACGAACGAGCCAUCAUCUUCAGACUUGGACGCAUCUUAAAAGGAGGAGCAAAGGGACCAGGUUUGUUCUUUGUCCUGCCCUGCACCGACAGCUUCAUCAAAGUGGAUAUGAGGACCAUCUCUUUCGAUAUUCCACCGCAAGAGAUCUUGACCAAGGACUCUGUGACAGUUAACGUAGAUGGAGUGGUUUAUUACAGAGUCCAGAAUGCCACCCUUGCUGUAGCAAACAUAACAAACGCUGACUCUGCCACGCGCCUGCUAGCACAGACCACUCUGAGGAAUGUUCUGGGGACCAAAAACCUUUCUCAGAUUCUCUCUGAUCGCGAAGAGAUCGCUCACAGCAUGCAGGCCACCCUUGAUGAGGCAACGGAUAAUUGGGGCAUUAAGGUGGAACGUGUGGAGAUCAAGGAUGUGAAACUACCUAUCCAGCUGCAGAGAGCAAUGGCUGCAGAGGCAGAAGCUGCCCGGGAGGCAAGAGCCAAGGUAAUCGCAGCGGAGGGUGAAAUGAACGCUUCCAGGGCCCUGAAAGAGGCAUCCAUGGUUAUUACAGAGUCACCUGCUGCUCUUCAGCUUCGUUAUUUGCAGACCUUGACCACCAUUGCUGCAGAAAAGAACUCCACCAUCGUCUUUCCCUUGCCUAUAGAUAUGCUGCAGGGCAUCGUAGGUGUAAAUCGCUAGAUGCGGUGGAAAGAUG